AUUGUUAUUGGCACGGUCACACUACACAACCGCGAAAUUGUUAUUGCUUGUUUUGCCAAACAACGAAUUUAAAGGAAAUAACGCUGAAAUUUAUAUACAAUGGCCGAUAAACAAUCUAUUGGAGAAGCAACCAAGUCCGUCCAGACAUCAGCAGUUCCGAAACAGGAGGAUAAAGAGCAGAAAAAGUCGACGCAAGGGAGUCUCAACUCGGGCUCAGGUGAUGGCGGGAAAACUGCGGAAAAGUCGGAAAAGCCGGCUGGCCAGCCCACCGCCUACAGCAUGCGACCGGCUUUUGGAGAGAUGUUCCCCCUGCCCACCAUCAAGAACAUAAUGAACAACGUGAUGGCCGACAAACUCAAGGACAAAACCUACGACAAGGAUGUGGCCAAGACGUGGACGAGUGAGAUUGCAGACGAGGUGAACCAGCAGAUAGCCAGCAGCUCCAAGGUGAAGCGGUACAAGCACGUCGUCCAGGUGAUGCUGGGCCAGGAGCUGGGUGCGGGGGCCACCUACAACUCGCGCUGCUGCUGGGACUGCGACUGCGACACCUCCAUCUCCGAGGUCUUCAGCAACACCAGCCUCUUCUGCGUGUGCACCGUGUUCGGCACCUACCAGUACUAGAAGGGGGAUCAUAGAGAUCUGCACGAGUAAGUCAAAGUAGACUCCGCUAGUACUGAGUGAUGAAAACUCUUAAACUAUCAUCGGGGAAUUGUCGAAGUAAUCGGUUCGUUUUACAGAUUUGGUAUACGGUUUUUUAAUCUAAAUCGAUUGCAAAAUUUAGAACAAAUGGAAUGUUUAAAACCGUGCAUGAAUACCUAAUCGAAUUGCGACCGCAAAUUCUUUAGAAUAGGAGUAUGCCCAAUAUGGUCCACCAGAACAAUAUUGUUAGUUCUAACAUUUAAAUGGUUAUGCAUUUUACACAAUGACACAUCAAAUUAUUUAGAGCAAGACAUGCCUCGUUUUUAUUUUUUAAAUCUAAAAUAAUUGUUUUAAAUAAUAAAUUCGCGAAUGCUUUAGGAUAAGGGGAACCGACAUUUAUGGAAUACAUUUGUUAUAAAAAGCCAUAAAUAUUUAAAAUACCGCUUUAAGAAUUAAAAGUCAAAUGUUAAAUUUAUUACUACUCCUACGAUUCUAUAAUGCCGAGUACUACUUGAUUACAUAAUAUAAAAAAGUGUCGUAGUAUCUUCAGCAUGAUUACCUUUACUUGUGACAUAGGCAUCGAAUCGUGCAGGUCUCUAGUGGACAACCCACAGAACUGAUUAGGCUAAGGACCACCUCACAACGUUUACUUUUAAAUGGUAGGCACCGGGAAACAAAGGGUUCAUCACUUUCGAUGGUCGACCUUCGUCGAGCUUCAUUGGAUGCGCACGUUCAGCGGAUUGAGUAUGCGGCCCGACAUCACAGCCACGUCCAGGUCGCGAUCCACGAUGAAAAACAGAAACGGAUGAUUCACGGAGAUCUGAAUGGGCUUCGUUUGGGCGCCGUAGUUGCCUAGAGAGCGAAAGGAAGUGUUUAUUGCACUUUGUCUCGUGUUGCAGAGGCUGCAACAGUUGCAACACCAUUAGGUGGGGCCAUCGCAAUGCGUUGCGGCUCAAUGCCUUCGGCCCACUCCACUCAGGUGUGCUGCAAUGCGAGACACUUACGCUUCAGCUGAUUGAUGGGAUGCGUACGGAUGGUGACGUCUAUGGAUUGCUCAAUGUGCCGCACGUAGACGCCCUUCUCAUCAGUCAUGGGCCUGAAAUCCGCGCGAUUCGGCUCGAAGACAUCGCAGCUGCAACGAAAGUAAGAGUGAGCAGGGAGCUGCCGCGAUUACGUCCAUGCUUACAUUCCCAUCUGCAACAAAAAAGCACAAACCAAAGACACACCGUUCAAUAAAAAUGCUUCGAAUGGCACUCUACCAAAAAA